UUGUAUUUUUUAUAUAUUUUUUGUAGCAUAAGGUGCUGCCCUGAUUUUGGAUCUAGCAAUAGGCUCACCAUUUCGCCUCCGAAACGUGAUCAGAGUCACCAUCAUUCUUCACGAGAUCUUUCACAAAUUCAAUUGUCAUCUCAGUAUUCUCGAGAUCGCCUGACAGUCUACACUUCCAUCACCAUGUCCGGCCAUGAGGUAACUGAGGCUCAGCCCGUUCGGACGGCGAGCCGAACCCUGAGAGCGAAGCUGACAGGCCUUAUUCUAGAUACCAUUCAUUACAUGGAUGUUGUUGAUCAACUCAUUCAGUCGGCAACGUCUUCGCCACGUGACUGGGCCUGGCAACGUCAAUUACGCUUAUAUGCCAGUCCGGCAACCGAUGGCGAUCCUCUGACGCCAGCCAGGCAAUCUAGACAGUCAGGGAUGCCAACCGGGGUCCCAGGUAGUCAGGUAGGCUGA